GGAGAAGAGAAUUUAUCCAAAGAUUAAAACUUGAAGCAACCUUGAAUGUGCAUGAUGGAUGUGUGAAUACGAUUUGCUGGAAUGAUACAGGAGAAUAUAUUUUGUCUGGUUCAGAUGACACCAAUUUGGUAAUUAGUAAUCCCUACAGCAGAAAGGUUUUAAGAACCAUUCGCUCAGGACACAGGGCCAAUAUUUUUAGUGCAAAAUUCUUACCGUGCACCAAUGACAAACAGAUUGUAUCUUGUUCUGGAGAUGGAGUCAUUUUUUACACUAAUGUUGAACAAGAUGCGGAGACCAACAGACAAUGCCAGUAUACAUGCCACUAUGGAACUACCUAUGAGAUUAUGACUGUACCAAAUGAUCCCUAUACUUUCCUCUCUUGUGGUGAAGAUGGCACUGUAAGAUGGUUUGAUACUCGAAUCAAAACAAGUUGCACAAAGGAAGAUUGUAAAGAUGAUAUUUUAAUAAACUGUCGGCGUGCUGCCACUUCUGUUGCUAUCUGUCCACCAAUCCCAUAUUAUCUUGCUGUGGGUUGUUCUGAUAGCUCAGUAAGAAUAUAUGAUCGGCGAAUGCUUGGUACAAGAGCAACAGGGAAUUAUGCUGGUAGGGGCACUGUUGGAAUGGUGGCACGUUUUGUUCCUCCUCAUCUCAAUAACAAAUCCUGCAGAGUAACGUCGCUAUGUUAUAGUGAAGAUGGUCAAGAGAUCCUUGUUAGCUACUCUUCGGAUUACAUAUACUUGUUUGAUCCCAAGGAUGACACAGCACGAGAACUGAAAGUUCCUUCUGCUGAAGAGAGACGGGAAGAGUUACGACAACCUCCUGUUAAACGUUUGCGGCUAAGAGGGGAUUGGUCAGAUACUGGACCAAGAGCGAGGCCUGAGAGUGAACGAGAAAGAGAUGGGGAGCAAAGUCCUAAUGUGUCUCUAAUGCAGAGGAUGUCAGACAUGCUGUCAAGAUGGUUUGAAGAAGCUAGUGAAGUUGCACAAAGCAAUCGAGGACGAGGAAGAUCACGGUCCAGAGGUGGGACUAAUCGGACAGAUGCUCCUGCUACUAAUAAUGUGCCACCUAGUACAGAAUCAGAAACUGCAAUGGAAAUAGAUGGUUCUGAACAACUUCCAUCAUCAUCUUCUUCUACAAUGUCAGCCCAAGCUCCUUCAACAUCAUCUUCAACAGAAAGUCCCCCUUCGACUUCGUUAUUGUCCUCUCCUGAUAAUGAACGAAGGCCUUCUUUAGGGGCCACAGCUCAACCUGUGCUCCAUCAGUCUGAUUCUCCUUCUUCUGUGGUUAACAAACAGCUUGGAUCCAUGUCACUUGAUGAGCAACAGGAGAGUGAUAAGCCACGAACUGGAACAGGUGAACCAGUUUUAAGUUUGCACUACAGUACAGAAGGAACGACUACAAGCACAAUAAAACUGGACUUCACUGAUGAGUGGAGCAGCACAAAUUCAAGCUCUAGAGGGAGUGGAAGUCAUUGCAAAACUGAAGGCCAAGAAGACUUGGUAAAAACAAAAGCCUCAGAAGAGUCAGUGCCUGAAGAUGAGAAAGCAAGAGUUCCUGAUGAAUCUCAUGAGGAAGACACAAGUGCUGAAGAACUGAAAACUACAGAUGAAACUGCAGAGAUGAUAGAAGCGGCUGUAUCAGAUAAACCUGGUCCUGAGCAUUCUGGAGUCCAAACAGAAGAAAACGUCCCCAAUGCUGAUGCUGUCUCUAGAAAUGUAGAGGAAGAAGCCUCCUGUGAAAAAAGUGUAAAUCAAGAAAUUUCAGGUCAAAGUACUGAAUCUACUGCCAACUUGCUUGCUGCAAAUGAUGAACCUCAGCCACACCCAGAAUCCUCAGGGCUUGCAACUCCAGAUGACUCCUCUACCAGGACCUCAGCUCUCCAGGAGACUGAUGAUAGUGAUGAUGAUCCUGUUCUGAUCCCAGGGGCAAGAUAUCGAGGGGGACCAGGACACAGACGAUCUGCUGUUGCUCGCAUUCAGGAGCUCUUCAGAAGGAGGAAAGAAAGAAAAGAAAUGGAAGAAUUGGAAACACUGAAUAUUAGACGUCCUUUAAUAAAGAUGGUUUAUAAAGGUCAUCGGAACUCCCGAACAAUGAUAAAGGAAGCAAAUUUUUGGGGAUCUAACUUUGUCAUGAGUGGUUCAGACUGUGGCCAUAUUUUUAUAUGGGAUAGACAUACUGCUGAACAUCUCAUGCUGCUGGAAGCUGAUAAUCAUGUGGUGAACUGUCUUCAGCCUCAUCCGUUUGACCCAAUUCUGGCCUCUUCGGGUAUUGAUUAUGAUAUAAAAAUUUGGUCGCCAUUGGAAGAAUCCAAGAUUUUUAACAGGAAACUUGCAGAUGAGGUUAUAACACGUAAUGAAUUAAUGCUGGAAGAGACCAGAAACACUAUUACUGUUCCAGCUUCUUUCAUGUUACGAAUGUUGGCUUCGUUGAAUCAUAUAAGAGCAGACCGAUUGGAAGGUGACAGAUCAGAAGGAUCUGGACAGGAAAAUGAAAACGAAGAUGAAGAGUAACUGGCACUCAUGUGGAAGCACCUAGAUGUUAAUGGAAUUUGUAUAAGACAUUAAUUAUAUUUUUCCUUACAGAGCUUUAGUGCAAUUCUAAGGUAUUGCUUUUGGAUAACCUAACCUUUUGUUUUUGAAUGACUGUGUGCAUGACUUUGGGAGAGUGUGCAAGUUAAAUAAGCAAAAAUGUUUUUAAAAUGUUUUGCCAUGUAUGAGGGGUGCUAGAAGAUGCAAAGUGCAAUAUUUUCCUUAACCUGCAAAUGUGGGAGCUUGGAUCAAUGUUUUAAAAUAACUUUCAUUAUAGCAAAAACGUUGGUUCAAAUAAAUUUCUAUACCUGCUGUUUGCAUGUUUGUUGCUUUCUAAUUAAAAGAUUUGGUUGUUUUAAGUA